GACCUGUCCAUAAAGAACAAAGGAGAUGCAGAAAGGAGCAUGUUUUAUAUAUUUCUACUAUAGCAGUAAAUGACUACUGUAGUUGCAGUUUAAAUAUCGAUCUGUGGAGUUUUUUUCCCUAGCAACAGGAAGAUAUUAAAUUCUGCCGACAGCUGCCCCGUGUGUCAUUGGUUUAACACAUUCUGGGAUACCAUCAGCUCUAGAUCCGUUUAUGGUUUUUAAUUCAUUCAAGCCGAAGUGGUGAGAACAUUUUUUUUGGUCAAUUUUUCUUUCUCCUUUUAAACAUGCGCAAGAUUGACGGUUAUGUCAACUGCACAGCGGAAAUGAUACUUUAGAUGUGUACAAGGUCAGUUGGCGGGAGGCUGUUGCAUCACCUCUGUCUUUGUGGAUGCAGUUCGAGCAGAUUCCUCCAUAUGCGAGGUGGUGGGUUAAUGGCUAGUCUACGUCCUUUCAGGGCUCCUCUGUCUUCACUCAGGCCACUACUUUUGGAGGCUUUCUUCUGGUCUUGUCUGAUGUGCAGCCACAUCACAGUAGGACCACACAGCUGCAACUCAGUCAGGGUGUUCAGAGGGAUUCCCGACAAAGAGGUCGACGCAGGGACUGUGUUCUUUCACCCUAUCCCCCCUGUUGCUUUCCACGGGCCCGUUAAAGACUAUGAGGUCUCCCUAGCUGGCACCAUCGAUAAAUUGCCAAGGUGGCUGGACUACAACCCCCAGACUCAGAGCCUGCAGGGCCUGGCGGUCAGCGAGGAGAGAGGGGACUACACCAUCGCUGUGACUGCAGUGGGCCACUGCCGACAGGAGCCCUCUCCUUCAACACAUUUUCACCUGCACGUUCUCAACGGCACUCACAGUCUCAAAGCCCGCUCCCUCAGGAGGCUUGACUGGCGAAAUAAACAUACGAAAAGCUCUCAGGGAUGCCCUGCAGGCGAAACAGUCACAUACUCAGCUAUCAUCCUGCAGGCUGAUGUCUUCUCCCUGAGUGCUGGCAGGCGUUUGCUCCUCGUCUCCACAAUGGGGGAGUACCUGCGCCUUGACCCCUUCUCCCUCAAGCUACGCUCCUUCAGGAGCCCCUCAGAGCUCCAGCUGGAGAACAGCACCCUCCUGACAGAGGACACUGGUAUCGGGGACUCCCCUGACACACAUGCCGCCGUGGAAGUUUACUGGCCAGUGGGCUGUGGAGAUUUUCAAAUGGUUUCUGAACUAGUUCGGGUGCUGAGGUACAGCAAGGACUCAGGACACCUUUCCCACCUGCUGGGCCUCCACCUGACAGGCUGGAGGGUUUUCACCUGGGGAGGAGGCGGGUCUCAACACAGGAGGAGGGAGCGUCGACAACUCAUUAAUACCCCUACCCCAGUGAUGACACCAGUCGCACCUACCUAUGUUUCAGCAACCCUUCCCAUGAAACCCAGUUAUUCCUACAUAGGUAUGACCACAAUAUCCACAUAUGUGCGAGACACAGAAAAUAUUAAUAAUGAGGGUUAUCCCACAGGGAUUUCAACCUCCAUGGGUUCAACUACAAGGUCAUCUGAAGACAAGAAAAAGGACGUUUCUUCUGCACUGAAAUCAGAGCUCACUAGGCCCAAUGAAGAGUUCUCUACAAUGUAUCUCAGGCUCUGUCCUUCAGGUCUCUUUACUCCAGACUAUUUGGCAGAAGACCUAAAGAUAUCAACUACAGACACGGGACACAUGACUAUCGCAACACGUAUAAUGGUAGGCCAGAGCCAAGAAACCUCAUUGCUUUCCCAGAUGUCACCACUACAGACCUCUUCUCAAACUAUCCAGAGUUAUUAUUCACCAGCUGUGCUUUGUUCAGUCUUUCUAGCAUACAGCAGUGAUUUAAACCUCAUGGGCCUUGAAUCCCAGCAUGUGAAGAGCAUCUCUCUUCAGACAGUACUGUCACGUUCCGAAACGUCUGAAUUAGUGAUUGAGCCAGAGUUUAGCUCAACAGGGACACACAUGAAACUAACUUCAAAACCCUUUAUAGAUCUUCUGACGCCACCGGCUGAGGACUCCUGGCCAAUGCUCCACUCUGAAGAUGCAGCAACAACAUCAUAUCAAGUGACGUUGGGAAAGUCAACCAUGUCAACCAGUAGCGUGCAGCAAAGCUGGCAUACAGCAGCUUUCCAAAUGCAGAGGACGUCAGUUUUGUCCAGCACUUCUUCCACAGUGUCAGUGGUUUUAGUCGCUGCCCCUGGCACACCAAUGACUCAGAUUUAUUACACGGACACUGAUAGUAUAAGCCUAUUCCCUACACUUACUCGAAAGGAUGCUCCUGAAAGCAUUCUAAUGGCUCCUGACAGUGAAAACCUUUUUAAGAGGACCUCUACGAUACCUACAAAAUCAGCUCAGUCACAUCAGAACACGGAGACAAUUGAUAUUCCAAACAUCUCGCCCUUCGUUCUAAGGCCUAUCAAGCCCCUGAUUGCCACAAUCGGGCUCCUGUUUGAGUUCAGCAUACCGGCAGACACGUUCUCAGAUCCAGAAGAUGGGACUGCAGACAACUUAACGAUGAAGAUCAGGCCUUCAGACGGGUCUCCCUCUGGCCCAGAGUCCUGGUUGACACUGGACCACAAACAGCGACUCCUGUCUGGUUACCCACUAGACAGUGACAUGCUGUACUCACCCCAGGAACUCCUUCUUAUAGCGAGGGACUCAGGUGGUCUUUCAGCUGAGCUGCCUUUUACCAUAGAGCUUCGUCAUCCUCUCUCCGAGCCCUGCCACACCUACACCAUCAGGACUAUGAACAGCUUCCACUCUUUCGUCAAAGACAGGCGGAAGAUUGAACUGUUUCUCAAUAAAAUGGCCAAAUAUUUCAAUGACACAGGCAGCAGUCACAUCUCCGUGUCCACCCUCCAGCCGGGUUCAACUGUAGUAUCGUGGCACAAUGUCACCUUGUGUCAGGAGGACAAGAAAGCUCAGAGCCUGUGCCCAAAACAUAACAUCCAGGGACUGCUGUCUGCAAUGCAGACUCUAGAGGGCGACGUGGAGCCAUCCUUCGCUCAGGCCAUGCUCCCAGAAUUCAGGAUCAGGUCAGUAGGGAACGUGACCUAUGGGGGGAUGUGCCUGCGUGGAUCUGACCUGGAGUAUCCAAGCCCUACUGGUGCCAUUGCCCAUUCCGACAGGUAUCGUUGGAUACCAACCCUCGUGAUCGCUUUGCUCACUGUGCUUGGCUUGUUUCUAUCGCUGGUCCUGAUGGCAGCCAUAUUCCGCUCUUGCAAAGCAUGUGAGUGUAUCAUACAUUCUGAAUCUAUUUCUCUGUGGCCUUCGGACAGACCGUCCUGCUCAAGCUGCCACCUUGAACUGGACACAUUAAAGCCGAGGAAGCCACCUCUGUUCCUCCAGAACAUUCCUCCUCCGCCUCAGCAGCUGUGGGUGAACCUGUCUCAUCCACCUCAGGAACGGCUGCACAGAAGGCCCUUAACCCACACACAGAGGCCGUACCAGAGGAGCACGGUGCCUUCCCAGUCUCCUCCUAGGUACCAGCUUCCACCUCCCUAUGUUCUCAAAGACCAGCCACCACAGAGGAAUUCCAGUCAAUAAAACAUGACCCUCAGAACUAACUGUGUAACAUGUUAUUUUGCUACACUAUUACUAUGCCAGCCAUAGAAAGGAUUUUACU